GCAUCAUCAGUAUCUUUCUCGCGCUCCACUCGUUGUCAAACCACAGAGCUUUGAAUCGCUCCUGGAAUCUAGGAGUUGGUAACUUCUGUGGAAGCAGAAGAGCUAGUGUGCGACUGAUUAGCAGCGUUCUCGGCUGUAAUCCUGGACUAGCUCGAUGCCAUCCACUGCUCUCUGUGGCCUCAAGCUUAUUUUGUCUCCGAUACUCCUCUUGCUUUGCGUCGUCGUCGCUCAACCCGCAGUCGCGUCCAACGUUACUUGCCCGCAGUUUGAGGUUGCCUCGUCUCAACUCUACAGAACAACUUCCGUCGGGUGCACCUUGACAGUAGAUCUGAACUUCCACGUAAAGCCUGGCCUGUCUUUGGACACGAAUUCGGUCAAACUCACACACGAUGUUGUCAUGGGCGUUUCAUUACCUAGUCUGCAGAGCACGCAGUUUGCCAGCUCUCCGCCUAAGACUGAAGCCUUCACAAACAUGAUAUAUUACGUCUCUCGUGUUGUCUGGACUCCCGAGCUCGUUCAUUCAGCACAAACCUACUUGCUGAACGUGUUUGUGCCGACCUGCGACACCUCAUCAUUGUUGCGGGUGACGGUGAAUAAGUGCAAGAUGUGUCUAUCGGAGGAUCAGACUCUGGAGAGCAUCGCAGGCCUCUACAAUCGGCACUGGUCUCAAAUCUGGUCGGUGAAUCCUUUCCUGCUCAGUCCAGACAAGAUCAGCGCGGGGCAGGAGAUCAAUCUAGGGAUCAUCUACUCGACGACGGAUGGAGACACCCUCAUGCUCCUCUCAGUUCGAUUUGGAAUCUCGCUGGACCUGCUCAAACAGCUCAAUCCAGAAAUCCCAGCGAGUGCGUUUCCGAAUCUUGGAUCAAAUACUUCUAUUUGUGUCAUUCCCGAGACUUGCCCAGAAUUCAGAGCUAGAGUGCCUGGGAUCACCUGGUGAAAGUCUCAACACAUAGAGACAAUGGUAAACUACCAACGAUAACAUGCGACUCUAGGCAAAUGCAUGCAGACUUGAUGUAA